CCCACCAGCGGUACUCCCUUAAGGUCGCUCUACCUGUGUGUCAUCACGCCACGGCCAUAUUAGGCACGCGUACGGGAGGAAUCAGAGGAAUGAGGACGUUCCGCGACAAAUGAGGCUCCCCUGAAGCUUUCAAGGUGCGCUCGUUUUUAUCAGCCGCUUGUCAAACACACCGUCCCGUCGAUCGUUAAUUAUCGCCAGAGGUUAAGGCGACCUGAAUUAGAUCGAUCGGUCGGCGAGCGUUGUCAUGCGUCGUCGUCGUCGUCGUCGUCGUCUCUGUUGUCAUUCGCGAUCAUCUGUGUGUGUCUCGUUUUAUGCGAAAGCAGGUCCUCUCGGCUGCGCUACGAGACUGCCCUCCCCGGUGGAUCGCGCGGUGGGUCGACAGUCCGCGAAGCAUGGCAUGGCACUGCAACGGCACUACGAACCAAGAGAUGGUGACGAAGCUGAAAGAUGCUGGCAUACUGGCAACGGACCGGGCAGAAGCCGCCAUGCUCGCUGUUGACAGAGCGAAAUACUGCCACGAACCGGACCCUUAUCUCGAUCGUCCCAGAAGAAUCGGCUACAACGUGACCAUCAGUGCGCCGCACAUGCACGCGUACGCGCUGUCCAUCCUCUCCGAUCAGCUCGCCGACGGCGCCAAGGCACUCGACGUCGGCUCGGGCUCGGGCUAUCUGUCCGCCUGCAUGGCGUUCAUGGUGGGCUCGCGGGGGCGCGUGAUAGGCAUCGAGCAUAUCCCCGAGCUCAUAGAGAUCUCCACCAGGAACGUGCGCGAGGACAAUCCGCACUUCCUCAAGGAGGACCGCAUCAAGUUCGUGGUGGGAGACGGCAGAUUGGGACACCCUGCUGACGGACCUUACAACGCUAUACACGUUGGAGCAGCGGCCGAAGCUUUACCGCAGACGUUGAUAGACCAACUGGCUCCCGGAGGCCGACUGAUCUGCCCGGUCGUGGCCAUAGAAGGCCUGCAAAGGUUCCAAGACCUGCUGCAGGUGGACAAGAGCGCGGACGGCGCGAUCACGAAGAAGAAACUGAUGCAAGUCUCUUACGUUCCUCUCACGGAUCCCACCACUCAAUUACGUAAUUAGAGCCAUUAAGGUGAGGUGUCACGCGGGCGGGAAAGAAAAAAAAAACACCGCAAAAUUGACGAAACUGAGGACGAUUAAAAAUCGAGCGCGUAACGAACCCGAAUUUGUUUAACUAGUCAAAAUUUUUGUAUCCACGAACUAAUUGUUUUCACGCAUGCGUAGAUAAUGGAGUAUACACGUCGUCUUCACAAUUGGGGAUAUAUCAAUAAACUAUAUAUAUAUUUUGUACAUA